AUGAUCUGCAUCCUCGCCGUCGUUGCCAACCCGCCGUCGUCAACCGCACGGCAGCCCGCAUCGGUGCCUCUCUUCCUCCGGGCUCCUGCGUGCACGCCGGAAUGGACGAGCGGUGGGCGGACGACGCUUUUCGAGUCCCAACCCGCGAAUCUGUCGACCGAGCCGCCGGAUGCGGCCAUCCCUCGCGAGACCCUUGAGGCGGUCAUCAAGGGCUCGGACUCGGUCAAGCACGACGCCCGCAUCACAUUCCGGCACUCGACAGAGGCGCUCUCCGCGCCGCCCGACUUGACGGUCGGCCCAAACAAGGUUGAGGGGCAGAAGCGCUCGAAGAACGCGGAGAAGGACGAGGUCCUGACCCCGGCCGGCGGCAGCUCCGCCGGCGUUUGGCAAGCGCCCCUCAUCUACCUCAUCGCCGUGCUCGUCUUGUGCGGCGUGGCCUCCGAGGCCUCGAUCAUGAAGUACAAUGCGACCAAGCCGGCCGCCGAGAUCAAUGUGCUGGGACGCGGCACCGUGCCGGCGACCCUGUCCGUGAACAUGCCCGAGUCGUGGCCCGCAAGCGCUGCUGGGAAGGCCCGGAACACAGGAGGCCUCGUCGGCGCGGGAGCCUUGCUGCUGCUCGGGCGGGUCGCCUUGCCACCAUCCGCCGCACAAGUCCGCUUGGCCGUCGCCGCGCUGCUCCUCGUCCUCCUCGCCAUCGCUUGCGGCGCCCCCGGGCUGCUCGCGGCGAGCGGAAAGGGGGCUCGCGGCGCGGCCUCGUCCGCCACCGUCGCCGCCGCGGCCGCCGCCCUGGCUGUCAUCGGCACGGUGAUGUGGUGCCGCAACUCAAAGGCCCGCCGCCCCGGCUGGUCCAGCCUGCUCGGCAUUCUUCUCUGCUUGGCCACCUUCUCUGGCGGGUUGGUCACCGUCGCUGGCGGCGCCGCGUUUGUCGCGUCCUCAACCGCGCUGCCAGACGUCACUGCGGUCACUGUGGGUGGCGGCAGCUACCCGUCCGAGGUGUCGUGGGACCUGACCUGCACCGGCGCGUUGAGGGGCAGUGGAGGGGCCCCCUACUUUGGCACCCUGUCCGCGCCGCCCGGCGAGUGCACGCUCGACAUGCACGACUCGUACGGCGACGGCUGGAACGGCGACUUGUGGAAGGGUGCGGGCUAUACGUUCACGCUCGACUCCGGAUCCUACGGCAGCGAGACGCCGCGCUGGAGGUGA